AGUGAGAAUCACACAGACAGUCCGGUGUUUGAUCAGGGGUGGGUCUUCGUGCUCAAUGAACUCACCUGCUUGACUUGACCCCUCAAAAAAAAAAAAAAAAAAGGGGGGCCAAGGUUUAACCUGCAGCAGAGCCGAGGAAACACUGCAGAGUAGAACCAUCGCUCCGACACGCGGGCAGCAGAGUAGAAAUGGCAACCCUCCGUCGGCAAAUUCCUUACACACCGAAAGCCCCUGUCAGACAGGGAAUAUACAGUCAGGCGGUGGUUGUGGACAGAACCAUGUACAUCUCCGGUCAGCUGGGGCUGGACGUGGCCUCUGGUCAGCUGGUGGAUGGAGGAGUCCAGUCCCAGGCCAAACAGGCUCUCAUCAAUAUGGGGGAGAUCCUUAAAGCUGCCGGCUGUGACUACGGCAACGUGGUGAAGACUACUGUGCUGCUCGCGGAUAUCAAUGACUUUAACGGUGUCAACGAGGUCUACAAGACAUUUUUCAGCAGUAACUUCCCUGCCAGAGCUGCCUACCAAGUCGCUGCUCUCCCCAGAGGUGGACUGGUGGAAAUUGAGGCGGUUGCUGUUCUCGGCCCUCUCUCAGACCCCUGACUAGCCGGCAACAUAUCAAACGACUUAUAGUCCAAACACCAAGGGGCCUCAUUAAGCCUUACUGUGUUUCCAGAUGACACAUCAAAGACCCAACUAGGAUCAUGUUGAGUCUCUUUUUCCAUACAGUCAGGUUUUAGCAUGAAAGUCUUUCUCCUCUCUGGCUGGUUGACUGCACUGCUGAACUAUUUUCAGUAUAAUACCACAGGAAAACCACUGACCUUAAAAUAAAAUCCUGUAACAACAGAGACGCACUGAACGUACCAGCACUUAGUUUGUGGCUAUUCACACCUGAUAUACUGUACGUGAAACAGAUUGUAAUCAUAAUAACAUUCCCCAGCCAUAUUGGACUGAUCCAGUGUCAAAUCAACCUUCUCCUGCUGCUGGUCUUUCUGGUCUGAUAACUCAUCUUCUGUUUUGUCACAGAAAAAACUAACGCACAUUUGAAAAGAGCAUCUCUCACUACUAAAUAAAUGCAGUAAAACCCCA